AGAGAAGCGACUGGUUUCAGUCGCCGCUUUUGAAAAUUUAUAGUUUCUUUGACAGGAAAGGUCGAGGCUAUUGACUUCUUUGUAUUGUACAAAAAGUCUAUUGAAACAGCAGAGAGACUGAGGUCACUUCAUCGCCAUCAACGACGCAGAAGUACAAAAAUAAAAGAGUUCACUUCGUGAACGAAAGCACCACUAUAUUCUAGAAAUUGCAAUUGACCACAUCGUGGUGAACGUGAUCAUGUUAAGUACUCAGUUGCUCUGACAUGUUUUUCAAUUAACCAAAAAGCGAAAGCAAACACACCUCCAAAAUGUCGUGCUUCGGCCCUCGUGAAACGAAUCAGUUCCUCUUGCUGGGACCGGAGAAUGCGGGCAAGACGACGCUUUUGUACAAGCUAAAGCUUGCAGAUAAUUGGAAGAAACUGGAGAUCAUCCGAGACAUGAAAGCUGUCAAGGAAAAAGAAAACUUCGGGUAUCCCACUCUACAGUUGAUUAUGAAUAGGUCGUUUCACUAAUUCUACUUCGAUCUUUGUUGGUCGUUGUAUCUUCUAGAUGAUGAACCUUUGAUACAGCCGGGAUUGUGAUCAAAGCGCCUGUUGCUUUAAGUCGGUUUCAUACGAACUCGCACAUCUUGUAGGUUUCACUACGAGGAAUUUCGCGGGUCGAAAAUGACUUACGGCAUUUGGGAUCUCCCUGGGAAGAAAGCAGCGCGACCUCUCUGGCCGAUUUUUUAUCGCUACAUUCAAAUCGACGCGGUCUUGCUGUGCAUGGACAAGAUGCUGCUUUUUGAUCAAUCUGCGGCGGCUUUGGAGACGGUGGAGGAAAUGAAGCAACUCCUCGCUUUUAUGGUACACGAGCCCGAGUUGCGUCCAGCGGCGUUUGCGAUUCUUCUCAAUGAAAAAGAUAACGGUCCCUUGCUAGAGGAUCUGACGUAUUUAUUGCUUCCUUGCCUCAGUGUCAGUACUGAAAAAUUAGUCUAUUGAAUGUAAGUCUUUGAAAUUGAAUGUCAAAGAACUCAAACCAGCCUUUUUGUUUGUUUGUUUCGCAACAGGGAUAACGACGUUCGCGAAAUCCUCGGAAUCCCUGAAUUGCAGCUGGUUAGCGAAGACAGAAUAAAGGUUUUUACAUUGAACACGGCCGAUGUUGCAGAGAAUAGCGGUGUGUGGCCUAAAGUCAUGGACUUCACUCGUCGACAAAUCAUGUCGGCGGCCAAAGACUGA